GUUUAGUUGUUUACCUCCCAGUAGAUAGUAUAUAGGAUAGUUGGUAUUAAGUUGCUUGAUUUAAAUAGGGCUAGGCUGCUGUUGUUCUGUUUAAAGAGAUGGACGAGAAGAAACCAUUACUUGGAUCAAGACCAGGCAUGAAUCAAGUGUACCCUAGCUCGCCACCAUACCCUGCUGGGGGCCCCUCGUACCAAGGGGGACCUCCUGCAGGAUCCUACCAAGGGGGGCCCCCUCCACAGGGGCAAUAUCCCUUAGGCUCCCCUCAGGGACAAUAUCAAGGUGUCCUCCCACAAGGGCAGUAUCCGGGCCAGUACCAAGGGGGGCCCCCACAGGGACAAUAUCCAUCUGGCCCAACUGGGAAAUUUCCGGUGGACCCACCACAGGGGCAAGCGGCGCCAGGUGAUGUUCAGGUCCAGUGGCAAGGGCCUACACCGGACACAGACAUGGAGGACAAUCCCAAUGCGGGGCCCACUGCACCAUCUGCACCGCCUCUGGAGAAGAUGGACUCAGUGGUGGGGUACUCCAAUAUUGGGUUUGAUGGUGCAAUGUUGCAGCCUCCUAGCUAUGAGGAGAGUGUGAGAGAACCGCCUAGGAGGGAGCAAUUACAUGAUUUGCCACGGAUUGAUGAACACGAGGCUCGCCAGGCAUUGCUUCAGCACGUUGCGGAAAAUUGCUGUUAUGGGAAAGGGGCUGCCACUGAACUGACCUUAACUGACCUCAUAGCUUCAAGCGCCUUUCAUUAUACAUUGGAGACAUUUGGGGAAGCGCGAUCCACAGCCUGGGCCUAUGAACCGUAUAAGGGUCAGGUGAUUGAUGGCCCCCACAACGGCCCAGCCCCCGGACCCUGGGACAUACAGGCCACGCCCCCAGCGAUGUUCCAGAACCAGAAAACAUUCAUUGAAGUCCCCCACACAGCUUCUGUCAAACCAUGUCACAACUGUUUAGCCAUGGGAAGGAUUCGCUGUCACAGAUGUUUUGGGCGGGGCAGGGUGCGCUGUACCUGGUGUAAUGGUAACGGUCACAAGACUGAGUACCGCAACGGGGAGUAUGAGAGGGAGCGCUGUCACUGGUGUCAUGGCCAUGGAAGAAGAAGGUGUGACACAUGCCAUGGUUACGGCAUGGUCACAUGUUCAGGAUGCCAAGGUCACUGUAACCUCAAGUGUUACAUCCGCCUCACCAUUAUAUGGACUAACCACCUUCAAGAUCACAUCGUUGAGCGUACCAUGCUGCCAGACCAUCUGAUUCGUACAGUCAGCGGCCAAGUGGCGUUUUCAGAGACGCAACCAAGAGUGUGGCCAGUGAAUCAUUUCCCAGACGGUGAGAUAAACAACGCUUCCAACAGACUGGUGGCCCAACACGCCUCUGCCUUUCCCUCUGAGAGGAUUCUCAUGCAGCGCCAUCAAGUGAGGAUCAUCCCUGUGACGCAGGCCUUGUACAAGUGGAAGGGGGCAGACAGCGAUUUCUUUGUGUACGGGUUCGAGAAGAAAGUCUACGCCCCAAAUUACCCGCAACAGUGCUGCUGCGGCUGCUCCAUUCUCUAAACAUUCCAAACAGUUUGUUGUGGUUUACUGGCAGUCAGAGUGUGGUUGAUUACUAGAAAUGUCCUGUAGCCAUGUUUGUCCCAACUAUGGAAAAUGUGCCCUAAAAGGGACUAUCACAUGACUGAAAUUGUGGAAUAUUUUGACAUGUCUCUUUAAAAAACAUGUGAACACCUGCUGCAGGUGGGCAUGCGGCGUCAAGGAAAAUGGCUGUGUCCACUAAAAUAAAAAGAUGUCAAUAUGUAAGAAAAUUUUAGUUGCAUCAUCUUGAAACUUUGUGAUAAUGUUUGUAGGCAUUAUAUCUUGGGCAAUUAGAUAACCAGCCAGAUCAAAUGAAGCACUUUAGCUUUAUGGUCCUUGAAUAUAAAAAUUAUCAAAAUUAAUUUGUCCGCUCUUUUACUCAAAUAGUUGUAAUCAUAUCAUAUUUAAACUUGAUUACAAUGUUAAUGAGCAUAAUAUCUCAACCAAGUUUAAUAACAGCCUGAUUUCCUUAAACACUUUUGAAUAAUUUCCCUUGAAUUAUCUUAAAUUGCCAACAUUCCAUUGUCUGCAUUCUAAUAAGUGAUGUCCUGUUCGUCAACUUCAGUUUGCAUUAACCAAUCUUAAAGAAACUUACUUUCUAAGCUUGAAUAGAGACCACCUUGCUUGGUAUGGAAUUUGGGGUUCAUCAGGUCAAGAUUUAGGUCAUUGUUUAUAAGAAUAGACAAAUAUUGUCUGCUCAAUAACUUCAGUUGGUGUGGAGUAAUUACAUUCAAAUGGAGACCCAGCUUGGAUUGCAUUGGGCCAGUAUGGUCAAGUUCACUGUGACUAAAAAUAUAUCAACUGUUUCCUCACAAUAACUUUAGUUUGGAAUAAAGGUUUUACAAGGGAAUUGUGUGUGUAGAUAGCUUACCUGCAGACCUUGGCUGGGAUAGCAUUUGGAGAUGGUCAGGUAAAGGUCAAGGUAACUGUAACUAAAAAAAGAACAACAGUUUCAGGUGGAUGGAGGUAUUGCAAUUAAAUGUUGUGCAUGAGUUGCUUACAUGUAGACCUAGUUUGGGAGUACGCUAUGGGAAACAGAUAUAAGGGUCAAGGUCAUUGUUGCAAAAAAAUAAAACAAGAGCACCGCCUUGCGGGUGCAGACCGCUCAUCUAUUUUUCUUUUUAAAGGUGAAGGGACUCUCAAUUUCAAUCACAAAGGAGGAAGGGGUGGAGUGAAGAGGGGUGCAUAGUGUGGGGGUGUGGUCAUUUAUUACAUUAU